UGACUAGCGCUCAUCAAACAAUUAGGCCCGUUCUGCCAUCGUCAUAUGCGUUGCUUCAUGAAAUAUUUUAAAAGCGCAAUCAAUGUUGUACAAACGGAAAGACGUCAAUGGGAUGCGUGUAAAUGUCCUUAAAAAUUGGGAUUGCCAACCGACACCGGGUUUUUUAUAGCGCAGGCUGAAUAUGAACAAUGUCUGGUUAAAGAGCGGACGUCGAAAUCAUCUUUCAGCAAAUACCUACACCAGUGCAAUACGUGAAUCACUUGUACUUCCAGAAUUCUUCGAGUCGGAAGCGCCUUGCGAAUGGAACGCGAUUGCCUAUCUAACUCAAUUAGUGCAAAAAAACCCGACAAUUCCCAGUCGCAGCGGGAAUAAGGCGCUUUAUGAUGAUCUCGAAUUGAUUCGUAAUCAUGUUGUCCCGGGAACAGCUUCAGAUUCGACCUUGAGGCAAAUAGAGAUCUCCAUGAAGACAAGAAAAUCCAAGGACCUUAUUUCGGAUUUCUGGAAGUCGUCGCGUUUUAUCGCAUCCAGCACUGUUCAAUGUGCAGCACAAAAGGCGCUUGAAACGACAAUGUACGGGCGGCCCAUCAAGGGGGCAUCAUCUCGACGGUGACGACGAGGGUGAUGAUGAAGAAGACGGUGACGAUGACAUUUAGUGCGCAUGGAA